AUGCCACCGCCGGAGCAAGCUGCCCUCGCGGCGCCUAAACCGGCUUCAAUAAAGGCUUUUUUCGAGUCAGGUACUGAUCUGUUGCAGAAGCCCAAGGUCAAGGCUGCCGUUAAGAAGGCACCAGCGAAAAAGCUGACGCAAACCACUCUCAAAACCAAAGCUGCACCCAAGAAGCGAGCGAAGCCUGAUAGCGACGACGACGACGCCGCAUCCACGUUCUCCAACACACCUCCCAGCGCUAAGAAGCUCAAGAAAGCUCCUGCUGCUAAGAAGUCAAGCGGCAACCCCUUAGCCGAGAUUGAGAACGACAGCAUGGCUGUCGACGACGACGACGAACCCCCCGCCUCGGCGCCUAAGACAAAGAAAAAUGCUACCGACACCUACCAGAAGCUCACUCAGCUUGAGCACAUUAUCAAGCGUCCCGAUACCUAUAUUGGCUCAGUCGAGCCUACUGAGCAACCCAUGUGGGUGUUCAAUAAGGAAACGAAGCUUAUGGAGUACCGCAAGGUCACAUUCGUUCCCGGUCUGUACAAGAUUUUUGACGAAAUCUUGGUUAACGCUGCCGACAACAAGCAGCGCGACGCGACUAUGACCUACAUGAAGGUUACUGUUGAUCGUGAGAACGGAGAGAUUUCCGUCGAGAACAACGGUAAAGGUAUCCCUGUUGAGAUCCACGGAAAGGAGAAGAUCUACAUCCCGGAGAUGAUCUUCGGUCACCUUCUCACCGGUUCCAACUACGACGAUGACGAGAAGAAGACCGUCGGUGGUCGCAACGGUUACGGUGCAAAGCUCUGUAACGUUUUCAGUGAGCAGUUCACCCUCGAGUGCCAGGACUCCAACAAUGGAAAGAGGUACAAACAGGUCUGGACCGACAACAUGAGCAAGUGUGGCAAGGCGAAGAUCACGAGCAGCAAAACUAGUGACUUCGUUCGUGUCACUUUCAAGCCCGAUUUCAAGCGUUUCAGCAUGACUGGCAUUGACGACGACCUCGAGUCUUUGAUCCAGCGCCGAGUCUACGACAUGGCUGGUACCGUCCGCGGUAUCAAAGUAUACUUGAACGGCACUCACAUCAAGCUUGCUUUCAAGGGUUACUGCGAGAUGUACGCCAAAGCUAUUGCCAAGGAGCGUGGUGCCGAGGAAGGCGUCGAGCCCAAGGUUGUUGUUGAGGUUGACAAGACCGACGCUCACCCGCGUUGGGAAAUUGCAUUUACGGUUUCAGACGGCUCGUUCCAGCAAGUUUCGUUUGUCAACUCAAUCGCAACUACAUCUGGAGGUACGCAUGUCAACUAUGUGGCCGACCAGAUCACCGGAUCGCUCCUCAAAACCCUGGACAAGAAGAAGAAGGGUCAUGCGCUCAAGCAGAACCACAUUCGAAACCACAUCUUUAUUUUUGUUAACUGCCUUGUUAACAACCCCGCGUUUACUUCCCAAACAAAGGAGCAAAUGACCACUAAGGUCAGCCAGUUUGGUAGCAAGUGCGCUUUGACUGAGGAAUUCCUAAAGAAGAUCGCCAAAUCAGACGCCAUCCAAAACAUCAUUGAUUUUGCCGAGAAGAAGGCUGACAAGAUGAUGGCCAAGAGCGACGGUAACAAGCGAUCCCGCAUCAGCAACUCGAAACUUGUUGAUGCUAACUUGGCGGGCACCCGCCAUGGCCACGAAUGUACCCUAAUUCUCACCGAAGGUGACUCUGCCAAGAGUUUGGCUGUUGCUGGACGUGCUAUCCUGGAUCCCGACCGCAUCGGAGUCUUCCCUCUGCGUGGUAAGAUGCUGAAUGUACGUGACGCAUCGAUUGACCAGAUCACGAAGAACCAGGAAAUUCAAAAUAUUAAACAAUUCCUCGGUCUGAAGCACAAGGCUGUCUAUAACGACACAAAGGGUCUACGAUAUGGUCACCUGAUGAUCAUGGCCGAUCAGGAUCACGACGGUUCUCACAUCAAGGGUCUUCUCAUCAACUUCCUGCAAGUUCAGUACCCAUCCUUACUGCAAAUCCCCGAUUUCUUUCGAGAAUUCAUCACUCCUAUUGUCAAGGUCUGGCAAGGCCCGAACCCAAAGAAGCCUCAGCGGCUCAAAUCUUUUUUCACCCAGCCUCAGUACGAGGAGUGGAAGGAUUCUCACAAGAGUGAACUUUCUCGAUGGCAUUACAAGUAUUUCAAGGGUCUGGGUACCAGUUCAAACGAGGACGCCCAGGUCUACUUCACCAACCUCGAUGACCAUCUGAAGGAAUUCAACACGAUGCAGCCUGACGAGGCCGAUCUUUUCGAGCUCGCUUUCUCCAAGAAGAAGGCUGACGCAAGAAAAGAGUGGCUUGGCAAUUUCGUGCCGGGCACGUAUCUCGACCACUCUACCAAGUCCAUUACAUACACGGACUUCGUCAACAAGGAACUUAUCCUCUUCAGUAUGGCUGACAACAUGCGAUCCAUUCCGUCUGUUAUCGACGGACUGAAGCCUGGUCAGCGCAAGGUUAUGUAUGCCUGUUUCAAGAGGAACCUCGUCAAGGACCAGAAGGUCAUUGAAUUGGCUGGUUACGUCUCCGAGCAGACAUCGUACCAUCACGGUGAAGUCUCCCUCCAGCAAACCAUCAUUGGUCUUGCGCAGAACUUCGUGGGCUCCAACAACAUCAACUGCCUUGAACCCAGUGGUAACUUUGGUUCUCGUCUUGCCGGCGGUUCCGAUGCUGCCAGUCCCCGUUAUAUCCACACCAGACUGUCACCGUUUGCCAGAAAGAUCUUUUCCACCCUUGACGAACCUAACUUGGAGCCUCAGUACGAGGACGGAAAGAGAAUCGAGCCUAAGGUCUACGCGCCUGUCAUUCCCAUGAUUCUCUGCAACGGUGCCGAUGGUAUUGGCACUGGUUGGAGUACUUCAGUUCCCAACUACCAUCCUGUGCAAAUCGUCGAGAACCUGAAAAGGCGCAUGGGCCGUCUCACCCCCGACAAUCCAGAGGGUGCGCCCUUCGAGCCUAUGAUGCCGUGGUUCCGUGGCUGGAAGGGCACUCCUCAGGUCGCAGAGAAAGACAGAUACAAGUUUAACGGUAUCUGUGAACUUGACGAGAAGACCGGCGAAGUCGUUAUUACUGAGCUUCCCAUUCGUAUGUGGACGGAUGAUUUCAAAGCGAAACUGGAAGAGGUCAUUAGCGGUACCAAGGGCCCAGUCUGGAUCAAGGAUUACAAGGAGUUCAACGACCACAAGAACGUCCACUUCGUUAUUCAGAUGGACGACAAGCAUACCAAGGAUGUCAUGGCUGAUGGCCUGAUGGAGAGAUUCAAGCUGAACAAGCAGAUUGCGACCUCUAACUUGGUUGCCUUUGAUACUCGCGGCCAGAUUCGCAAGUACGAGAAUGUUGAAGAAAUCCUUGAGGAGUUCUACCACUACCGUUUGGAUAUGUACGCCGAACGCAAGAAGCACUGGCUCGGCGUUUACCAUGCGGACUUCAGGAAGCUGUCUGAGCAAGCCCGUUUCAUCAGGGAAAUCAUUGAUGGAAAGCUCACCAUUUCCAAGAAGAAGAAGACAGUCCUUGUUGAGGAGCUUGCUAAACGCAAGUACGAGCCGUUCCCAAAGAACAAGGAUAAGGAGGUCAAAAAGAAGAACACGGACGAGGAGAUGGAGGGCGGUGACGAGGAGGAUGAAGAAGGAGGCGACGAGCAGGCGAAUGCUUAUGACUAUCUUCUUUCUAUGCCACUUUGGUCCCUGACCUACGAACGUCUUGAGAGGCUGCAGAGGCAGAUUGACAACAAGAAGGCAGAGCACGAUGCUCUCCUUGCCCUGAGCGAGAAGGAUCUCUGGUGUCAGGAUCUUGAUGACUUUGUGGCCGAGUGGGAGAAUCAGAUGGCCCUUGACGCUGAGAUUCAAACAUCUAUCCGGAGACUUGGCCGCCGUGUAUCCAAGAAGAUAGGUGCAGGCAAGGGUCGCAAGGCCAAGAAGGACGACGAUGAUUAUGAGCCCGAGCGAAAGCGUGCCGGGGCCAAGCUCAAGGCUGCUGCUGCCCCCAAGGUUACAGAAAAGGCUGCCGAGAGAUUCGCUGCCAUGUUUGAGAAACAGAAGACCAAGACCAAGGCGAAGGAAGAUGCUGGGUCUGACGCAUUCUCGGACGACGACUUUGCCGCUCUUGGAAAGAAGGGCGCUUCUAAGCCUGCUGCUACGGCCGACAAACCUCAGAGAGCAGCAACGACCAAGAAGAAGCCUAUUUAUACUCUAUCUGAUACCGACGACGAUGAUGAGGACUUUGCUAGCCUAGGCAAGACGAAUUCUGCUGCCCCUGUAGAGUCGGCGGCAGAGGAGAGCUCCACGCAGAGCCAGAAGUCUGCAGCAACCAAGAAGCCCUCGCCUCGGAUUGAAGAGUUAGAAGAUAGCGAGGACGACUUCGAAAACAUAGGCAAGAAGAGCACCAGCGAGAAGCCGGCGCCCAUUGAGCCUGGCAGCAAGAGCAAUGCUUCUCGUACGCAACGUGCCGCAUCGACGAAGAAGUACAUUAUCGAUGAUCUUUCUGAUGAGGAUGAAGACGACUUCGAGAGUACCGGCAAGAAGAGUGUCUCCGCCGAGCCUGCACCGGCCAAACCGUCAACCAACUCCACUGCUGGGCGAGGUCAAAGAGCUGCUACAACCAAGAAGCGGUCGUACAUUAUCGACGAUGAGUCUGAUGAAUCUGGUACCGAGGGCGGACAGAUUGGAGACAUUGGUUCCUUGGUCCGCGGCAUUGCUGGAUCUGCCAAAGAGUCGCAAUCUGGCCGACUGAGCCUAUUCGCUAUGAACCGCCCUGAUGGCCAUGACUCCACCCUGCCAAAGAUCAAAACUAAGGUUUCAAGGACCUUUGGCGGUGAUGAUGAGGAAGUAGACGAUACCAACUACGAGUUGCUCGCACGGUCAUCGCCUCACAAAACAAUGACCAAGGAAGAUGACAUUGACAGCUUCCUGAGCGAUGAUGGUGCGCCUCCUGCUAAGGCUUCGAAGGCCUCGAAAGCCGCACCGGCCACCGCGGCGCCCAUCAAGAAGCGUGGUCGUCCUGCAGGAUCAAAGAACAAGUCCAAGGAUGCGGAAGCGCCAGCUGCCGCAAAGCCAAAGCCCAAGCCCAAGGCUGCUGCCAAGCCCACCACGCUCUCUCCUGCCGCCAAGGCCUACGCUGCAAAGAAGGCUUCUUCGAAGCGCGUGUUGAGCGACGAUGAGGAUGAGGAUGUCGAUAUGGAGGACCCUGAGUCUCCGCCUCGCCCGGCAGCUAGAGGCCGACCUGGUCGCGCGGCCGCUACCAAGGCCAAGGCGAAACCCAAGUAUGACUUUGGCGACAGCGAUGAUGCCGACGAGCCGAGCGACGACCCGUUUGACAUGGACGAGAGCGAUUAG